AUGUAUACGGUGGAACCAUUCUGUGGAUCACCUGGAUUGGAUUGGCCGACAAGGCUAAAGAUUAUACAAGGAGUUGGUAAGGGUUUAGGUUACUUGUUCAAGGAGCUACCAACACUAACCAUCCCUCACGGUCAUCUCAAGUCAUCAAACGUUGUACUUGACAAAUCAUUUGAGCCUCUCUUAACAGACUACGCGCUAAGACCAGUGAUGAACUCAGAGCAAUCUCAUAACCUAAUGAUCGCUUAUAAAUCUCCAGAGUACAGCUUAAAGGGACAUAUAACCAAGAAGACCGACGUUUGGUGCCUCGGUGUCCUGAUCUUGGAGCUUAUAACCGGUAGGUUUCCUGAGAAUUAUCUAAGUAAAGGGUACGAUGCUAACAUGAGCCUUGUGACUUGGGUGAGUGACAUGGUGAAAGAGAAGAAAACGAGUGACGUGUUUGACAAGGAAAUGAUUGGGAAGAAGAACUGUAAAGCAGAGAUGCUGAGCCUGUUGAAAAUAGGGUUGAGCUGUUGCGAAGAAGAUGAAGAGAGGAGGAUGGAGAUGAGAGAUGCUGUGGAGAAGAUAGAGAGGUUAAGAGAGUCGGAUAUUGACUUGGAAGCUUCUACCAAUGUCUUUGCUUCUCGGUUGAUAGAAGAUGAUGACUUUGGUUUUGCGGUGAAUCGAUGAUGAGUAUGGUCAGUCUUAUCAAUGGAAAGAAGAGUUUGAAA